AUGUUUUAUUUAUAUUCAGUUCAUGGCAGUAUCAUUCCUCAUAUAACACAAAUUUCUGCUGUAGACUAUGAUUCGGAAGAUACCUUUGAUCAGUAUGUUGUCCCAAAGAUGCCAAUCACAACAACUGCUCAACAAGUGACUGGAAUUGUUAUAUGUGGUUCAAACAUGACUGUUAAUGGAAGUCCAGUACAAUCAUUGCCUAUAAAGGAGGCAUUAGAACGUUUUUGUAAAUGGCUGGAAAAGAAACCAAAUGUAUUCCUUGUAGCUCAUAAUUGGAGGCGAUUCGACUUUCCUGUCCUGAUGUCAAUUGUAAAGAAUGUGAACUUUCUUGAAUGUUUCUUUGACUGUGUUAUUGGUCUAAUUGACACAUUACCAGUUUUCAAGAAGGUCUUUCCGGGACAGUCGCAUAAACAAGAAGAUUUAGUGAUUAGGCAUCUUCAAACAACAUAUGGGGCACAUAAUGCUAUUGAGGAUGUUGUGUUUUUGAGAAAGCUACUUCUUUUUACAAAGUUGUCUAUACAGGAAAUCAUUCAUUUCAGUUUUUCACCUAAAGCUAUGCUCAAUUCAGUAGUGUUCCAUAGAGAGAAAGCUAGAAAUAUCAGGAGCCGGGAUGUGCUUAUUUCUAGCAGUGUAUGCAAAGCCGCGACGGCGGAGAACAUAGCAGGGUCUGGUCUAAAUCUGUCUCGUCUGCAGAGAAUUUACAGUCGUGACGGGGAAGAUGGGUUACAGAAUACUUUUACAGUGAAAAAUAGUGAAGGUCAACCUAGAGUGACAAGCUCGAAACGUGUAUUGGAGACUGUUAUUCCAAAACUGGCUGACUUCUUUAAAAACCGAGAGUGAAUUUAAUGUUAAAGUGAAAAAAAUGUGAAGAAUGUUAACAUUAUAGGACACACUGUUGGUUAAGGAUUAUUUUAGUGAACAAAAUGCUUUACUCUGUUGUUAAUUGUAAACAUGUCAUGCCAUUCACACCUUUUAGUGGUAUAAUCCUCUUAGGAACUGGUGCGGAAAUGAUUUUUGUUAUUUUUAGAGUGGGAUUUUUUUAGAGUGGGAAUUUUUUAGAGUGGGAAAAACCUUAGAUUUCUUCAAUAUUGUUGUAGAAAAUAAUACAAACUAUGAUUAUAUAUUCAAAGUGUAAAAAAUAACAAGUUCCGGUGUUUGCUUGAAGCUUUUUCAAAAUUUCAGAUUUUGCGUGCUCUGUCGACAAAACUGACCCCAUAAAUAAUUCUUUAAAUGUUUUGAGAGUUUUAGCCGGUAAAAAGUUUUGAUUUUUUUAUAUAAUGCAUGUAAUAUAAUACAGAUAAUUUUGCUGUAAUUAUUUUUGCUUGCCCCAUUAUUAUUUUUUAAUUUUUUGACUCUUGUUAGUGUGGGUCGGAGACAAAUAUUUUCAAAAUGGCGUAUUUCUGGAUUUUUGCGGAGUACUAAAAUAGUGUUUAGAUUUCAUUGUUUGAUUCUAUUGUCUUCUUUACUUUGUAUUAUUAUUAUCUGGUGCUUGCUGAAGUUAGAAGUAGUAAUUUGAUUACAUUUUGGUUUUAAAAAUGUAAAUUAUAUGACAUAAACAUAUGCUGGUCGUCGUCCAUUUUACCCCGUCGGAUUGCAUAUCGGUUUCAUGGCCAAAAUGUUUAUUUCUUUAUAAUUUCACGGUUAAAUUUCACUAGAAUU